AUGGAGGCAUCUCUCGCAAAUCCUCUCGACCUUACAAACAAGAUUGCUCUUGUGACUGGAGGGUCAGGCGGGAUCGGGCGUGCCGUGGUCGAGCGGUUUUUGGCAGCUGGAGCUGUCGUUGCCACUACGUACGUACCCAAUGUCGAAGACCCAGUCAAGCUACGGGAGUCGUUUGGGAGCUCGCCAACGCUUUCGUUCCACCCCUUGGAUUUGCGCAGCGCCGCCUCGAUUCGUGACUGCCUCAACGAGGCCGUGGUCACGCAUAAGCACAUCGACAUUCUCGUCAACAAUGCCGCUGUCGGCUCCGCAACUGUUGCCGCAUGGUCGAAGACCCCGGAUGAGGAGGACACGAUGAUGCUACUCAUCAAUGCCGAUGGCGUCCUCAAGUUCUGUCAGAUGUUCCGCGCACUUCCAGCCCAAGGCACACGCAAGAUCAUCAACAUAAGUAGCGUUGGCGGCGGCAUCACAAUCUUCCCCGGAUUCCGGCUCAGCGAUGGCAUGAGCAAAGCGGCUGUUGCCUUCCUCACUCGCCAACUGGCUGCCGAGACUACGCAUGAGCGGCUCGACGUCUUCGCUGUUUGUCCUGGGGCGACGAAUACGUCAAUGUUCCAAGCAUCAACCCUGGACCCCAUGUCUCUGGAGGAGCGCGCGACAUUUCUCAAAACCCUCCCCAAAGGACGGCUCAUCGAGCCGGCUGAAAUCGCCGCCACAGUUCACUUUCUCGCGGGAUCGGCUUCGACAGUCUUGCACGGCUCAGUCAUCGACGCGUCGAUGGGCCUCGGCGUGCGUCCAGGUAUCAUGUCUGAGCUUUGUCAUUAG